AUGACAAGAAAAGUAGCUUCUUGUCUUGCAGCGUUUGAGGAGGAAGUGCAAGUACAAAAGCCUGGAAAUAUAUACAAGAAAAUGAAUCUGAUUGGUGAAGUGGUAUGGUUGUACAUAAGUAUAUGGGUGGUGCUGGCAAAAGUGACAUCGAAGGAUGAGUUCAAGUGGAAUAAAGAAUGUUCCUUGCCCAAUUUAUUAGAAGUGAAAGAUCCGCAAAAAGAGCUUUCGCAAUGGACCUUAAAAGACAAGGUGAAGCUUGAAGAAGGGAGAUUUGUUUUAACUCCUGGAAAGAGUACAAAGGGUUCACUCUGGUUGCAACCAGAUUAUAUAAUCCAGGAUGCUAUGACAAUAGAGUGGACAUUUAGAAGUUUUGGGUUCAGAGGUAGCACAAAUGGUGGUAUUGCAUUCUGGUUGAAACAAGGAAAUGUCGGGGAUGGCACUGAGUUAUUUGGUGGAAGUUCCAAGAAAUUCGAUGGCCUAAUGAUUCUGUUACGGUUGGAUGACAAGUUGGGCGAGAGUGUGACAGCAUAUUUAAAUGACGGAUCUACAAGCCUUGAUGUUAAAAGCUCUCCAUAUUUUGCGUCAUGUCUAUUUCAAUACCAAGAUUCCAUGGUACCAUCCACACUAAGAUUGACAUACGAUCCGCUGAAUAAUCACUUACUAAAGUUGCAGAUGGACAAUAGAGUGUGUUUCCAAACGAGGAAAAUAAAAUUCAUGCUACGGAAGCCAUUUAGGAUCGGAGUAAGUGCCAUCAACGAUGCGUCCAAAGAAUCGUUUGAAAUUUUGAAAAUGAAACUCUAUGACGGCGUUAUUGAGGACUCGUUGAUUCCUAAUGUGAACCCUAUGGGGCAACCAAGGGUGGUUACUAAGGUGAUCAAUUCGCAAACGGGCGAAGAGAGUUUUAAAGAAAGAAUGCCUUUCUCUGACAAAAGGGAGGGCAUAACGAGUAACGAAAUUUUUGAGAAGAUGAACAGGCUGGAGGGCAAGUUAAUGGCAAAUGACAUUAAUCCGCUGCUGCGGAAGAUGGACAAUAUUGUGGAGAACGAGCGCGAACUGAUUCGGCGUUUAAGACCAGUGCUAGAUCCAGAGAACGUAGGACGAACGCCGGGUCUUAAUGGCGAUAGUUUUCAAGAUUUUCUAUCGAUGAAUACAAACCUGGACAGACUGAUAAAGGAACAAGAAAGAAUUCGACUAGAUAUGAAACAGCAUGGUGGUAAGACGAACCGCCAUGACGAGAUUUUCUCCCAGAUAGGCGUGUGGCUAAUCCCGUUGAUUUUCAUUAUGGUCACGUUGGCAUACUACAUGUUUAGAAUCAAUCAAGACAUCAAGAAGGUCAAAGUUCUAUAA